GACGUGCGCGGUCCCGUUUCCGCGCGACCCGCAAUACUAGAGAACUGAACAAAAAAUUCUGUGAAAGCUAGUCCGGGCUGCUUCCUGACCCGAGCGCGUCCUGUAGAGGAAGUUCACUCCAAGCGCCCCGCACGCGCAGAGCUGGGGGAUUUUAUUUUUUUUGCACAAUUGCAACGAAUUUGCACGACUGGGCGUCCGAAGUUUUGUUGAGCGAUUGAGGAGGAGGUAGUUUCUCGGGGACCACCACUCCACGUCGUGCCGCACGGGGUGGAGAGGAGACAGGGCAGAAGUUUCCGCUGGUUUGUUUUGUCGCUACGCGGCUGGUAAAUCCUGCAGGAAUGUCGCAGAAGGAGAGACCCACUUUCUACCGCCAGGAGCUCAACAAAACCGCGUGGGAGGUCCCGGAGCGCUACCAGAACUUAUCUCCCGUGGGCUCCGGCGCGUACGGAUCCGUAUGCUCGGUGUACGACGUGAAGACGGGCCUGAAGAUAGCGGUGAAGAAGUUGUCCAGGCCCUUCCAGUCCAUCAUCCACGCAAAGAGAACCUACAGAGAGCUGCGGCUGCUCAAACACAUGAAGCACGAGAAUGUGAUUGGUCUAUUGGACGUUUUCUCACCAGCAACAAGCUUGGAGGAGUUCAAUGAUGUGUACUUGGUGACCCACCUAAUGGGAGCAGACCUCAACAAUAUCGUCAAGUGUCAAAAGCUGACCGAUGACCACGUCCAGUUCCUCAUCUACCAGAUUCUCAGAGGCUUAAAGUACAUCCAUUCUGCAGAUAUCAUCCACAGAGACUUGAAGCCCAGUAAUCUGGCCGUAAAUGAAGACUGUGAGCUCAAGAUCCUGGACUUUGGUUUGGCGCGGCACACAGACGACGAGAUGACGGGCUACGUAGCCACCCGGUGGUACCGCGCCCCGGAGAUCAUGCUCAACUGGAUGCACUACAACAUGACAGUCGAUAUCUGGUCAGUGGGCUGCAUCAUGGCUGAACUACUUACUGGACAGACGCUCUUCCCCGGCACCGACCACAUUGAUCAAUUGAAGCUUAUAAUGAUGCUCAUCGGAACCCCAGGGCCCGAGCUCUUGAUGAAAAUCUCUUCAGAGUCUGCGAGGAAUUACAUCAACUCACUCCCCCACAUGCCCAAGAGGAACUUUGCUGAUGUGUUUAUUGGCGCUAACCCUCUCGCGGUGGACCUGCUGGAGAAAAUGUUGGUGCUGGACACAGACAAACGUAUCACGGCGUCCGAGGCUCUGGCCCACCCGUACUUUGCCCAGUACCACGACCCGGACGACGAGCCCGAAGCAGAGCCGUACGACCAGAGCUUCGAAAGCCGCGAACUGGAAAUCGAAGAGUGGAAGAGGUUAACCUACGAGGAGGUAAUCAGUUUCGAGGCGCCGUCGUUCGAUGGUGACGAGAUGGAAUCUUGAAGAGGACUCGGCUCCUUUUCUUCCCUCUUUUUGUUUUCUAAGAAACUUACAGGACUAUCAGUCUCUUGUGACUAUCCACCACUUUCUCCACGCACGCACGCACGCACGCACACACACACACACACACAAGACAUUCAAGUGCCUGCCGUCAUUCAUCUCCAGGGGACGUUGUUGUAUCAGGGCUAAAACUUGACAUCCUCUCUUUUUCUGUCCCUAAAUAUUGCUGUUUUUGUUACCAUGCAUCCCAAAGCGCGGAGGCAGACUUUAAAUUCUCACUUUAUCAUUUUUGUGAGUUUUUACCUCAAACAUUUAUUGUUUGUAUUGAUCCCUUUGAUUCCGAAAACUAGAAACAAUGUCAGUAUCUCGGAGAAACGUAACUCCUCACGUAUUUUAUGAAAAUGUACCACUUAGCAUUAAUUAACAUUAGGAUUAAAGUUCGAUAGAAACGUGUCACACUGCGGUUUAGUUGUGUAUCUUUCCUCAAAAUAUUGAUAUAUAAAUGAAAUGGUAUUUUGGUGCAUAGAGCUGUGUAGAUAUGACAAACAGUAUUUGUACAUAAGUGUUUCAGUCAAACUAAUAGCGCUUUUUGUGUAAAAGUCAUAAUUACUGAGCCAAGUCUCAGCCAACUCCUUUGACAGUACAAAAUUGUAUUACUAGAAUGUAGCCUAAAAUGGUAUAUAAAAAGAAACAUUAUGUAAUUUAAUACAAGUAUGUGUAUGAUAGGCUAAAAUGUUAAACAUUUACUUCCUCGCGGCAAACGAGGGUCUUCAUAUUCCUCAUCGUUAGAUUUGAAGGUUUACAGUGUCCUUUAACCAGAAUAGGAGUUCAGAGAGGAUGUAGACUUGACUUAAGAGUCAAUUUCUCGUACUUAACAUUUGUUUUACCAGUUCUAUCCUGUUGUUUCAGAAGAAUGUUACCGUCCCCAUUAUCACAACUUACACCUCUGCAUGAUAUAGUCAGAUUAAUGUUUUUUGCAAUCUGAUGUUUCCCACCACAACUGACAAUGUAUUUUUAUCAUAAUGCAUUUAUAGAAUACAGUACUAUUAAAUGUUAUUGAAUGUUGGGGGCACCAGUCGGCCCUGUAUUUAUGAUCUUUUGUUAUGUUUGUAUAUCGAUGUAAAAGAGAAUAUUAUUUGGUAGAAUUUGAGGUUAUUUUUAUUAUUUAUGGAAAGCUUACUGUAUCAGAAACCAAAUGUACCAUCAAUAAUCUCAAACGUCGGUUUAGCUGUGGCGACUGCAGUUACAGCUUGUCUAUGGGAGCCAACAAUAUUAUUAAAAUGUUGUGCACAACUAUAUAGUUUAUAUCAGUUUGAUCAACUGCUCGUGUUGGAGUGGCUUCUGUUCAUUUUCUCCUUUUUAGUUAAAAGCAGUUCUUAAACUUUUGUAUAACUUAUUUUGUUCACUGAGGUACUUCCCUCCAAAAGAAUUCUAUUUUGAAAAAUGAGAUUAAAAUUUGAUUAAAAACAAUCAAAGCAAGAUAUGUAUUUCGACUACAUGACCAUUUCAUGUUGACAUGCAAACCCCUAAACCGCAGACUCCUUUUUCUGAAUUGUACUACGAACCUUUGAAAUGUUCUUUGUAAACUACUGUGGGGGUCAGAUGACCUUGUGACAUACUAGCUACAUCCACAGAUGCUAAUGUCAAACAAACAUCAGUCCCUUCAGUUUAAUUUGCAACAGCCUGUUUUCAUAUAGUGCUUUUUUAUGUACUUUAUUCUUUGUGUUAAAUUGCGAUUUGAUAUUAUUUGGUGAUUCUUGUAAUAUUGACUGUUUAUUGAGUAAUGCUAGAAAUAUGUUUGGCAUUCAUUUGAAUAAUUUAGCAGGGCACAUGUUUGCGGGAAGAAGUGUACGUUUACUCACUAGAUGCUGAACCCUUGUUCUUUGUAGUUUUAAAACAACUGCAUACAUUCAAAAGGAUAUUCAUCUUUUUACAUAUCUAAAUGUCCAUAGUUCAUUUAGUAAUUGGUUUAUCUUUUCUUUUCCCACGAUGUGUUCAUAUGUUGUUGUUUUUGUAAUUUUCCAAUGUAUCAAGACAGCACGCCACACCACCUGUAAAUACCACCAUUAGAAAAUAAAGGCUACUAUUUUUCAAACCGG